AUCCCAUCAAAAUUUUGGGUUCAUGUAUAUCAAAAUUUACAUAUAUAUUCAUAAUUUUAAUGUAUAUAUUCUAUAUAUACUUAUUUUAUCAUUUUAAAACAAAAAGGAAUGAAAUCCUAGCAAAAUGAGCUGAAAUUUACAAGAGAUUUAAUCAUAAUUUUUAAAUUAUAAAGAGCAAUAAAAAUUAUAGUUUUCACUGGUCCUCACCCUGAUCACCCUUCUAGAUGUGCCCCUGGUUCCAAGUAUAAACAGUAAGCUUCUGGUCUGAAACUUGGUAAAGUAAAGAAGAUGAAUAAGUUGGGAGGCACGGAAAACGAGGUGCAGCAUGAGAUAGUCAUAGUUGGUGCUGGAAUUUGUGGGCUUGCCACUGCACUUGCCUUGCACAGGAAAGGUAUAAAAUGCAUAGUUUUGGAAAGAUUAGAGAGCCUGAUAUACACUGGGGGAGCCAUUACUAUUAUGGCUAAUGGGUGGCGUGCUUUAUAUCAACUUGGUGUUGACUCCAUCCUUAAACAAACUGCUUAUCCUAUACUAGGGACAAAAGAUAUAUGGCUUGACAAGAACAAGCAGCAAGAUAUGUCAUUCAUGAGCAGUGAGGCUCGUUGCCUGAGGAGAAAUGAUCUUAUUAACACCCUGUACAAUGCUUUACCACCUGAUGUGGUAAAGUUUGGACAUCAAAUUGUCUCAGUGAAACUGGAUCCUCAAACUAAUUAUCCAGUUCUUCAGCUUCAAAAUGGAAAUUCUAUAACAGCCAAGGUUUUAGUUGGGUGUGAUGGAGCCAAGUCAGUGGUUGCUGAUUUCCUUCAGCUCAAGCCUACAAAACUAGCUGCACUUUGUUCUGCUAGAGGGGUAACCAACUAUCCUAAUGGGCAUCCAUUCCCUCACGAGUUUGUCCGUAUGAGGAGAAACAACACUGCCGUGGGUCGAAUCCCAAUUGAUAGUAAUUUGGUUUACUGGUUUGUUGCUCACCCAUGGGUGCCAACAGAUACCAACAUUUCUCAAGACAGAGAACUAAUAAGGCAAAAUACUCUACAAGUAGUUAAAAGUUUCCCAAAAGAAACCGUGGAAAUGAUAAAGAACACAGACUCCGACUCACUUUCUUUCACACGUAUAAGAUACCGUAGACCCUGGGAUUUACUACUGGGAAGCUUCCGCCAAGGAACAGUGACAGUAGCUGGAGAUGCCAUGCAUGUAAUGGGUCCUUUCAUUGCACAAGGCGGUUCAGCAGGUUUAGAAGAUGCCGUCGUACUUGUCAGAAACUUGGCCAAGAAAAUGUCGAUCAUUCCAACUGAUCCAAGGAGUAUUGGAGAAGCACUAGAUGAAUAUGUGAAGGAGCGGAGGAUGAGGGUUGUUCGAAUGUCUACACAAUCCUACCUUACUGGUAAACUGAUAACUGAAUCUACUCCACUGCUAGUAAAGUUUGCUUGUAUUAUCCUCAUGAUCCUUCUCUUCAGGGAUGGUAGUGGUCACACUAAAUAUGAUUGUGGAACUCUUUGAUCAAUUUUUGUUAUUAACCUUACCUAUUGCCUGUAAAAUAAUGCAGUUCCCUAUCCGUGGACAAAGUCAGUUUUGAUUCACAAUACUUUAAUUUUGUUAUAGUGUAAUACCAUGAGAUUAUGAGUACUAAGCAGUGGCGGAACCAGAGGGGGGCUAGGGGAUGCUAGAAGCCCCCUAACCUCUAAAAAACAGUGUAUAUUUUUUUUUCCAGCCCCCGCUGAAUUAUUCA